CUAUCCACUCAAAUACUGUAUCUCUCCCUGUAUAUUAUAGCCUUCUCUGCCUAAUUUCAUCAGCAUUCCGUAAGUCUCUUUUUGGUUUUUCCCAUCUAUCUCUUAUAGCAAAAGCCAUGUUUGAAGAAUCUGUAUCUUUUCUACCUUCAAUCUUGGCUUCCAUGAAUAGCUGGUUGACACCUACUGUUCUCUUUGUCCUCCUCAACCUCAUGAUCGGCACCAUUGCCAUUAUUUCAGGUUUAAGCACUCAAAAGCACCAUCAACACCAGCAGCAUGAACCUCAACCCCAAGAACACCCACAAGACCGACUGCUUGCUAGGUCUCCAUCCAUGCUGCAGAGACUCAAAUCCAUUAACUUCUACAGCUACCGAUCCCAAGAACAAACCACUACCUUCCACCAAGCACCAGAGCAAACCGAGAACAUCCAGGCUUUCAGACAGGCUGAGCAGCAAGAACAACUCCAAUUUAUCAGAUCUCCCUCCAUUCUACAAAAGCUCAAGUCCAUCAACCUCCUAAAUUUCACAUCCCAAGAAUCUAUCCCCCAACAGUACUCUUCCUCCAUCGCCACUUUUCAUGAAACCCAAGAACCCGAGACCCAUUUCCAUUUUCCACAGACCCAGAGGAUCCUUAAACAAGAACAACCAAAAGAAGAAAAUGAGCGAAAAGAAGAGCAACAGCAGGAACAGGUAGAAGAUGAGCAAAUCCAAGAGGAGGACCAAUACCCAGACGAAGAAGCAGACCAAUUGCAGACCCUCGAUGAGAUUUACGGUCAGUUAAAAGGCGGUCAAGACGGCAGGGGCGACUCCGACACGAAACCGAGUUCCAGAGAGGUACCCACAAAGCUUUCGAGGAAGAUGAAGAAGUCGGCGAGUGCGAAAUAUGCUUUUGCGCAUUCCGAAGAAGACGAUGCGGUAGAGAGCCGGAGGCCGGCGACUGUAAGGGAAGGGAAAGCUGCUAAGGCUACGGAGGUGGACAACGAGGUAGAUGCGAAAGCUGACGAUUUCAUCAACAGGUUCAAGCAGCAGUUGAAGAUGCAGAGGCUGGAUUCGAUCAUAAGGUCCAAGGAGAUCAAUAGAGGGAAUGGGAAGUAAAGUUAACCAAAAAAAGAUAAGUUAUUUAAUUAUUUUUUUUUCUUUUCUUUAUAAUUUCUCUUGGGUGGGUUUUUAAUUUCUCGUUAAUUUCGGAAUUUGUUAAAAUUUGGGUGGGGGGUAAUUGCAUCUUUGCAUGUAAUGUAGAUCUAUUGCCUUUAUGUUUAUUGAACUAUUUGUUCAAAUUAUGCCCUUAUUAUGUCUAAUAUAAAAUGGGCUUAAGGGUGUGUGUGUGUUCCAUAA